AUGCCUACUCAAGAAUUAAUCCCUGUUACUGAAAAAGUUAAAAUAUGGUUUCUCGACGUAUCCGCAUUUUUUGCAAUUUCCAUCAACUUUGCCUUAAUAAUUUUGAUUCUAACGAAAUCUCCGCAAUCGUUGGGAACUUAUAAGUAUUUAAUGAUUUAUAUUGCAUUGUUUGAGCUUACCUAUGCAGCACUAUAUGUUGCUGAAAAACCAGAGAUUUUCACGAAAGAUUCUGCAUUUUUAAUUCUCACUAAUACCAAAGAUUCAGUUUUCCCCAAGACAAUUUCAAUAUUUGUCGACGUGCUUUUUAUUGGAUUCUACGGUCUUACAAUUUCCCUUCUUGCCAUUCAUUUCAUCUACCGAUAUCUGGCGAUAAGCAGCAAUGACUGGCUCGACACGUUCCAAGACUGGAAGCUCAUCCUUUGGCUGUUGUUCCCCAUUGCUAACGGUGGAGUUUGGUGUUUUGCAGCCGCUGUUAUUUUUGCUGGAAAAGAGGACUCGGAUCGAUUUUUAAGAGAAUUUUAUUUACCAUUGGUUCAGAAUAAGACAAGUUUUGAAGAUGUUUACUAUGGAGGUCCGUUUUAUUACUUGAAUGAUGCGCAUGGAAACUCUUAUAUCAACUGGAUAUCGUUUCAAGGUACUUUGGUGGUUUUGUCGCUUAUCAUCAUAUCAUUUAUAACAAUGAUUUAUUUUGGUGUGAAAGGCUACAAUUCGAUGAAAGACCUAAUGAGACACGCUUCCAUCUCCGACAAGGCCAAAAGUCUUCAGUCUCAGCUUUUCAAAGCACUAGUGUUACAAACCAUAAUUCCAGUAUUUCUAAUGCACAUUCCUGCAACCGCAAUUUAUGUUACAAUAUUUUUUAACGUUUCCUCAGAAAUUUUUGGAGAAAUUCUCAAUUUGAGUAUUGCACUUUACCCAGCUCUAAACCCUCUACCAACAAUAUUUAUUGUGAGCAGCUAUAAGCAAGCUGUCAUUGAUUUAUUGUGUUGCAAGAAGAAGAUCGAUCCUCAUUCAGGGACGCAAGGAAACAGCCAACUGAUGACUCAACAUCCCUUGAAUACGAUUUCACAUACCCUUUCCUAG